GCCCUGAGCGGACUGGACGCCCAGCAGCGGCCGAGCUUCUCGGCGGAGGAGGCGGGAACCGUGGGCCCAGCCGCCGGGCCAAAGGGCCUAUCAGGGCGGGGCGGGCUCGUGCGUGCGCCGCGGCCGGUUUGAGGGCUGGAGCGGCGGCGGAGGCGGCGAGGAUGGAGGCUGUGGUGUUCAUCUUCUCCCUCAUCGACUGCUGCGUGCUCAUCUUCCUCUCCGUCUACUUCAUAAUUACAUUGUCUGAUUUAGAAUGUGACUACAUUAAUGCUAGAUCAUGUUGCUCCAAAUUAAACAAGUGGGUAAUUCCAGAAUUGAUUGGUCAUACGCUUGUUACUGUAUUAAUGCUUAUUUCAUUGCACUGGUUCAUCUUCCUUCUCAACAUGCCUGUUGCCACUUGGAAUAUAUAUCGGUUUAUUAUGGUGCCAAGUGGUAAUAUGGGAGUAUUUGAUCCAACAGAAAUACACAAUCGAGGGCAGUUGAAGUCACACAUGAAAGAAGCCAUGGUCAAGCUUGGAUUCCAUUUGCUCUGUUUCUUCAUGUAUCUUUAUAGUAUGAUUUUAGCUUUGAUAAAUGACUGAAACUGGAGAAGCCAUGGUUGACAUCAUUCUACACUACACCGCACAGUUGAGGAGCCAGAAGACUUAGAAUCCUAGAACAUCACCAUUAGAACCAUGACCAUAGCAGUAUAUUUUUUCCUCUUCGAACAAAACAAACAAACCUAUUUUUGCUGUAUUUUUACCAUAUAAAGUAUUUAAAAAAACA